AUGGCAACCAAGCUGGUCAUUGUCGGCGACCUCAUCCACCGCGUCGCCUCCUCCUGCCUCUCCAACCGCCUGCUCUGCAACUACACCCUCCGUGACUCCGUCGACAGCGACCUGGACGACGACUACGACCCCUUCGCCGACGCCGUCUCCAGUAGUGAGAAAUGCCUGCGGUCCCCGUUCGCUGCGGAGGCGGUGGAAAUCGAGGAAGAGGAGCGGGGGGAGGAGGAGCUCAAGAUCUGGGAGGAGGAGGAGCAGGAGAAGGAGAGGCUGGCCACCGCGGCCAAGGGUGCCGAGCGCGCCCGCGACGUGGACGCGCUGAUGGCGGAGGUGUUCGACGCCAUCUUCAAGCCGCCCGACUCCCACGGUUGCUUCCAUCUCCAAGUCCCACCGAGGAAGUGGGAUUGGAGACGACCAGCGCCACCGGAGGCGAAGGCGGAGGCGGCGAGGCGCGCGGCGCGCCCUCGGACACCUCGCCGCUGCAGUCUUGCUUCUCAGGACAAAAUGGACCUUGCACCUCAGGGUUUGAUAACACAGCAACAAAAGGCAAAUGGCCGAAGGCCAGUUGGUAGCUCACAAAUUUGGACACGGUAUGGUGUUCUGCUUCCAAGCCAGCAGACUCGAAAGCUAAAAGAAUGGGUUCUGACUGAUGAGCAGCAACAGCUUGUUAAUGCUAGUGGUCUUGGACAUCUGGCACUUACCACCGGGUUUACCAUUGAUCGUUCUUUGCUUACAUCAUUUUGUGAAAGAUGGAACAAUGAAACAAAUACUGCACAUUUCAUGGGAUUUGAGAUGGCACCAUCACUUCGCGAUGUUUCCUACAUUCUCGGCAUUCCAGUGACUGGUCAUGUGGUGACCGCAGAGCCAAUUGGUGAUGAAGCUGUGAAGCGGAUGUGCUUGCAUUAUUUAGGAGAGAGCCCUGGAAAUGGAGAGCAAUUGUGUGGCUUAAUUAGGUUGACUUGGUUGUAUAGGAAUUUCCAUCAACUGCCGGAAAAUCCGACCAUCAAUGACAUUGCAUAUAGCACCCGAGCUUACCUUCUAUACCUGGUUGGUUCCACCUUGUUUCCUGACACCAUGAGGGGAUUUGUAUCCCCAAGAUAUCUACCAUUGUUGGGAGAUUUUAGGAAGAUCCGUGAGUAUGCUUGGGGGGCUGCAGCCCUCGCUCAUUUGUACAGGGGAUUGUCUGUUGCAGUGACACCUAAUGCCACAACGCAGUUUCUCGGCAGUGCAACUUUGCUCAUGGCCUGGAUUUAUGAGUACCUUCCUAUUACUCAACCACAACAGAAGAACCAGAGCACUUUGCUGCCCCGGGCUUGUCGGUGGAACUUUGGAGGAGCAACACGUGGACAGAGGAAAAAAGUCAUGGAGUGGAGAAAAGUUUUUGAACAACUUCAAUUUUCUGAGGUCAAUUGGAACCCUUACAAGGGCAUAAAUCCAGCAAUUGUUCUGGAAUAUUGCAUUGCAGCAGAUAACAUCUGCUACUCUCGGACUUGGCUAAUCAGCUUUAACAUAAAGGAGGUGUAUGUGCCUGACAGGUUUGCUAGGCAGUUUGGAAGGGAACAAGGACGCCUCCAUGGUGUGCCAAUGUGGGCAAGAAGAACUUGGAGUAAGUGGAAAGACUGGAGAGCUGAGUAUGCUCGUGAGAUUGAGGAGUUUCAUCAAUUGGUUGGCUGCCGUUUCACCCCUCCUGCGGAAACCAAUAUCAACUCCCUUCCACUACAUGAGUCUAGUGCUGGACAGAAUGAUGCAGGAUGCAGUCUGAAUACCUCUCAUAAUUUUUCUACAAUGGUUGAAGAUUUGAAAAAUGAUCUCCCAGUAAUUGGUCGAUAUCUUCAGGGAAACUUGCUUCCUUCAGAGGUUUCAAGCUUCCUAGAGAGGGUGGGCACGAUGAUCAAGAGCUACUCCCCACCACAGAGCAGCCGAAGGAAAGAUCGAGUAGCUCAUGGCCACACUGGCCCAGUCAAGUCAAAGAACCCAAGGAAAAGAGGGAAACCUUCACUCUUUCAAGAUCCUUUAAGUCCUCAUCGGUACCCAGGCACCCCGGUACCUUAUCAGGCUAGCAAGUGUGGCAUGGUGUUUGGUGGCACCGUUCCUCUACUAAACGGGGGUGAGGCACUCAAGGAACAAGAGGCCAUGGAUCCCUGGCAGAUCUCCCAGUCUCAUUUCACAAUGACCACAUCUUCAUCUCUAGACUCAAGCACACCAGAAUCAAUGAAGCGGAGUCGGGAAGGUGGGGAUGAAAUUCAAGUCCCAAGGGACACUGAUUGCCUCUGA